UUGCCUCACUCACUGUGCUGCGGAGAGCUCGACGUUCGCUUUGUUUUCAUCAUUGAUUUCUUCGCUCAUAUAUCCGAUGAAACCUUGGAUACAUGUAAAGAAAAAAUAAACCAGAGGCUCUUUCGACAAUCAUUUCUAGUUUGGACCGACGUUUAACUGUACUUGGAUAUAUAUAAAUUGAGGAAUAUGCCUUUUAUCUUCCUGGAAGUCGUGGCCUUUAAAUGGCAAGUACAAGCUUUCAUCCUUGCUUUUUUUAUUGAGUCCGCAGUUUGCCAGAUCCGCUACUCUGUCCCGGAGGAAAUGAGAAAGGGCUCAUUUGUCGGAAAUAUUGCUGAGGACUUGGGUGUUGACGCUCAGAGGUUGAAAUCCGGUGGGGCAAGAAUCGUUAGCGGUGAUAGCAGCGAGUAUAUUAAGCUGGAUGUAGACAAAGGGAAUCUGAUCGUGGGAAACAGAAUAGAUAGAGAGCAGCUCUGUGGACAAACAUCGCCAUGUAGCCUGAAUUUUGAAAUGAUUUUGACAAAUCCAAUGCAGCUGCAUAGCGUUGUAGUUGAAAUACUAGAUAUUAAUGACAACGCGCCCGCAUUUCAUGAAAAGGAUUUGCACGUAGAAGUCCCGGAAUCUGCUCUUCCAGGGACAGAAAUAGUGCAAGUCAGCGCCACCGAUCUAGAUGUUGGCAUUAACGCUUUACACGACUAUGCAUUGCAUCCAAAAACUAAUUUUAACAUUAAGGUUCUCUCCAGUCCGAAUGGUCAAAAAUAUGCACAACUGUAUCUUUCUGAGGCUUUAGAUCGAGAAAAGGACGGAAAGCUUAUUCUACUACUUUCUGCUUUUGAUGGAGGUGAACCAAAGCGAUCAGGGACUGUGAAAAUACAUGUCACUGUUCUGGAUGCAAAUGACAAUGCACCCGUUUUUACGCAACCAAAUUUUAAAACGUCUGUCAAAGAAAAUAUUCCAGAAGGAUCAUUAUUGGUGAGAUUGAGCGCAACGGAUUCGGACGAAGGGAAGAAUGGACACGUUACAUACCAUUUUAACCACGUGUCCAAUAGCAUUGCUGAGCUUUUCCGUCUGGAUGAAAAUAGUGGUGAUUUAACACUUAAAGGUAAGCUUGAUUAUGAGCAUACUAAAUUAUAUGAAAUUGGGGUUCAAGCAAAGGAUCAAGGGGGGCAGAGCACAUCCACAAAUGUGUUUAUUGAGGUACUAGAUGUCAAUGAUAACGCACCUUUAAUAACACUAACCUCGUUUUCUAACACCAUUGCUGAGGAUUCUCCGAUUGGAACCACUGUCGCAAUCAUAAACGUGAAGGAUUUAGAUUCAGGUAAAAAUGGAAAGGUUGAUUGUUCCGUUAAUGCAAAUAUUCCUUUCGCGAUUCAGUCGUCGCUGAGGAAUUAUUACACCCUUGUCACAAACGGUGUUCUGGACAGAGAGCACAAACCUGAGUAUAAAAUCACUUUUACGGCUGUGGAUGAAGGAGCUCCAGCUCUUUCGACAAACAAAACAAUAACGCUGAGGAUAUCCGAUGUUAAUGAUAAUGCUCCCGUAUUUGAAAAGGCUAUUUAUGAAGCUAAUAUCAUGGAGAAUAAUUCUCCUGGUGUAUCUGUGUUUUCAAUAAAAGCACAUGAUGCUGAUUCGGGACAAAACGCUCGGGUCUCUUACGUGCUUAUUGAUACAGAGUUUCAUGGUAGCUUGAUAUCCACCUACAUAUCAGUGAAUGCGGAAACUGGUGCUAUACAAGCUGUCCGAUCAUUAGACUAUGAGCAAAUAAAAUUAAUAAAUAUUAAAAUCAGAGGACAAGAUGGAGGGUCACCACCUUUGAGCAGCAAUACAACAGUGAGAUUAACUAUCCUAGAUCAAAAUGAUAAUCCCCCUCAGAUUCUGUAUCCAGUUCAGACUAGUGGCUCCGUGGUGGCUGAAAUGGUGCCUCGUUCAGCAGAUGUGGGCUACCUGGUGACUAAAGUGGUAGCUGUUGAUGUGGACUCCGGACAGAACGCCUGGCUCUCCUAUAAACUGCAG